AUGGCAGAUAAGUUUGGUAGACAUAAGUCCACUAGAUGGGUUAGAGCAUCUGUACCUUCGUAUGGGGAUGAAUGGAAUGACGAAUAUGAUUAUGGUAGUGGUUCGGGAUCAGAUGAAGAACCACAAGUCAAGAAUUCACCAACCGAUAAUGUUGUGGCUGAAAGAUUCGUUUUACCACAAGAUAAAAUUGCCGAAGAAGAACAGGUUGAUACUUCACCCCAGAAGAACGAACCAUUAGUUCUAUCAAUUGACAAGUUGAAUGAAGAUUCUGAUAACGAUUCUGAUGACACGGUGUCGUUGAAGUCUAAACCUAUUGAAGAUCAUGAAGGUGCUAUUAAACAAACAAUUUUAGUCCACAAGUCUAAUGAAGAGUUCCAACCACCUUCUGCUACCUACAGUAAUCGUAGUGUCAGUAUAAAUUCACAACCAGAAACUCCUAUGUCGGAAAGAAGCUUCCAAUCUGAUACGGAUUCCAUCCAAAACGAACCUGCUAAUAUUAGAGUUGCAAGUUUACAUAAGAAGAACGAACUGUUCGGCUAUAAUGAUAUCAUCGCCGAGUAUCCUUCGGAAAAGGAAGAUGAAGUGGCUGGGAAACCAAUGGAAUUAGAUGCCCAAGAAAGAGUAACUUCGCCUGAAAUAGGCCCAGAAGCUGGCGAAUUGGAAGUUGAUGAACCCGAAGUUCCUGAAGAUGCCGAGUUGGAAUAUGAUGAAGAAGCUGACGCCAACUACGAAUCAGAGCAAGAGAAACCAGAUUUGGUGUUGUCAAUAGAUCAUAGAAACUUCAACGAAUCUUCAGAUUCUGAGGACGAUCCAAUUCCAUAUUAUGAGAAGACUGCCAUACCACACGAUGAAUCCUUCAACAAUUCUGAAAAGGAUGAUACCGAUAAGGAAGAAGGCAAAGAUGAAUAUCUUGACUCUUUCAUUAACGACUUGCAGAAUAGUUCAAUCCACGAUACUGUUUUACCAGCUAUUGAGAAUGAUGUUUCCUUGCCCGAUUUCGAAAAUAACUAUGAUUACUACGAUUAUGUUGAUGAUGAUGAGGAAGAUCAGAAUGUCACACCAAUAGCUCCACUUUCAACUGUAGAGGAAAAGACUUAUCAUGAAAAUUUUGUCAAUCAAUUAAGUGGUCAUAAGCCAUCCAUAAGGAAACCUCCAACCCCUAUAGGAAGUGAGACUGCAAGCACCACUAGUCGUCAAACAUCAGUCAGGAAACCUCCUUUGAUAGUAGAACCUCCACUUGAUUCACCAAGUUAUAGUUCGUUUGGUGAUGCUGUUGAUGCUUAUAUGAGUGAUAAAAGCGAACAUAAGGAAGAACCCGUGGAAGAAGAACCACCAUCAGAAUCGGAUUCUCCUCAAAUAAAACAUCUUUCUCAAGAAUUCCAACCUGAAGACUUACACCCAGUGGUGUCAUCGGGAUCUUUAUCCACAGGAAAACAUUCAUUUGAUCAAAAAGGAGAUUUUUCAGAACCUCCAAAUUUUGAAAAAGAUUUAAGACGUGAAGAACUCAUGAGAAGGGAUUCUACUAUGAGUACUAACACCUUCAAUAUGGGGACUUGGAAACCAAAUACUACCAAUUUCCGUGAUCAAUUUAUUAACGAUAAUGAUAAUGAAUCUAAUUUCAAUCUCGUGUUGGACAAUGAUAGUAAUAAAGGAUACCAAAACUUUACUAAGAUGAGAAAUGUUUCUAAUGCUUCAGAUGCCAUGUCAUUCAUGAGUAAUGCUUCAGUGCCCGAAACUGUGGAUAUUGCUUUACCUAGUAUUAAUGAAGAUCCUGAUGACAACGACGAGACAUUUUCCAGUAGUCAUGAUACUAAUGAAAGUAGUGGUUUAGGUAUCGGUACCAUUUCCACCGACUCCAUCUUGAAAGAAAACGAUUAUGAUAAUAGAUUCCACGAAACUAUCGAAUCCAAGGAAAGCUUACCUAAACAAAGAUAUUCAAGCUUAUUAGGUGGUCAUGAUGAUGAUGCUACUACGACCGCAGACAAAUCUACAUUAUAUGAGGAUACCAGUACUGGAGAUAUUUCAUCAUCCAUUGCACCAAGUGUAGCUAUUCAUAAAAGAGUUAUUAGUGAUACCCCCACAAUGUCUACUCAAAGUACCAAGAAAACAUUCCCACCUCAAGCAUAUCCUGUUUCCAAUUGGAAAACCAUCAUGAAACCUUCUCAGUCUAUUGAUAGAAUCAAUUUAUUGAGAGAUGCUCUUCAGAAAGAGACCGAUUACGACACAGGAUUACAAACUUGGUUGAGUGAAACACUUAAGAAAUCAGACAAUUCUUCUAGUAUGCAUAUUGGUAAGAUAGCAUCACAAGCUUAUCAAAAUGCAGCACAUAAUGAUUUGAGAAGACAUACUUCGAUAAGAAGUAGAGUUUCUAGUGUUAGAGAUAAGGUUGAACAUGGAGGAUUACAUGCUUCUAAUUUGGGUAAGAAAUUCUUUAACCGUAGUAAGAAAUUAAUGAGAUCAAGUUAG